GUUGUGUGUGUGUUUUUUUAAGGGCUGUUGAGCAUGCGCAGUAGCGAGAUUGACGCCACUGCCACCAUAAUCGAAACUAAAGUCUCUAAAACAGGCACCCCCAAACUUCGGCCCUCCAGAUGUUUUGGACUACAAUUCCCCGACCAAUGGUCCUGUUAGCUAGGGAUCAUGGGAGUUGUAGGCUAAAAUAUCUGGAGGGCCGCAGUUUGGGGAUGCCUGGUCUAGAAGAAGACCAGGCAUAGGCAACCUUGGCUCUCCAGAUGUUUUGGAACUACAACUCCCAUGAUUCCUGACCACUGGCCCUGUUAGCUAGGGAUCGUGGGAGUUGUAGUUCCAAAACAAUUAACUUUUGCUGGAUAAGGGGCAAAAUCUUGCUAGAUACUGUAUGGUAUCGAAGCAAGAAAGCGAGUAUUCUGCAUGAUACAAUUACAGCUGGAGGGUAUAAUAUGGUGUGCAUCUGUUAUUCACACCAACAAAAUAGCAAGUAUUUUGGGGGAAAGACUUUUUUUUAAAAAAAAGCCAUGGAUUUAUUUUAUUUUCUCUUAUCUGUCUUUCCUAUCUCCCAAUAAGUCAGAACGCCCAUCUGAUUUCCCAUUUGAAACCUUUCCACCCUCUUCCUCUUUGUCACCUCACAUGUUUAUGGAAAACCUUUUGUCUAAACGCAGAAAAAUCUGAACAACCACACAGCUAGUUCUAUUUGCCAGAGGGAGCUGCUGUUUCUCAUGCAGCAGGACUGCAAGAGGUAUAAUAAACUGCCAUUGAAGAUGGGACUUUGAAAAGCAGUUUGCAACAUUCAGUUUUUGAAUUCUACUGCUCUAAAGCAAUUGGGGGGGGGAGAGCAACAAUCCUAAAGGGAAGGUCAAAUCCCUUGGGUGCCCCUAAACUGGUUGUUUGUUUAUAUUUAUUUAUUUAUCACAUUUAUUUCCCACCUUUCCUCCAGUGAGCUCAAGGUGGCAUACAUGACCUCCCCCCAUCCUCGCCAUUUGAUCCUCACAACAACCCUAUGAGUGUCUGUGAUUGGCCCAAGCCGGAACUCACCGGAACUCAGUUCUGGCACCACUCUGUUGGGUGCCAUUACUAUUAUAAGAGAACAAAGGAGGCAUUCAUGGAAUUCAUUUCUGAAAACUGCCGCCAUGCUUCUCCACUUCUCAAGAGAUGUCUUAAAAAUGGCAUGCCUCAAUCUUCAAGGUUCCCAAGUACAUGGGUGUUUGGAAAUCGCGAGAAAGCCUUUGAGCACGGGCGCAACUCCUCGCAGCCGAAGGAGAGUGGUUGUCACAGGCAUUGGGUUGGUGUCGCCCCUGGGCAUCGGAACGCAACUUGUGUGGAACAACCUUCUCCAGGGAAAUUGUGGGGUCGUUGCUCUUGAAGGGGAGGAAUAUUCGGCCGUCCCAUGUAAAAUAGCCGCCUGUGUGCCGAAGGGAGUUGGCGAGGGCCAGUUCCACAGAGAAAGCUUUGUGUCGAAAUCAGAGAGCAAGGCCAUGUCAUCUGCCACCAUCAUGGCCAUAGCUGCUGCCGACCUAGCAAUAAAAGACUCUGGGUGGCAUCCACAAUCUGAACUGGACCAUUUGAAUGCUGGUGUGGCAAUAGGGAUGGGAAUGGUUCCGCUGGAAGACAUUUCUGACACGGCCUUGAUGUUCACAACAAAGGGUUACAACAAAGUCAGCCCGUUCUUUGUUCCAAAGAUCCUGGUCAAUAUGGCUGCAGGUCAUAUUAGCAUCAGAUACCAGCUGAAAGGACCCAACCAUGCCGUAUCCACGGCCUGUACCACGGGAACACAUGCUGUCGGAGACGCCUUUCGAUUUGUAGCCUACAGUGAUGCUGAUGUGAUGCUGGCUGGGGGGACGGAGGCUUGCAUUAGCCCCUUGUCUCUAGCCGGGUUUGCUAGAGCUCGGGCUCUGAGCACUAGCUUUAACUCAAGCCCCCAGCUGGCUUGCCGGCCAUUCCACCCGCUGAGGGAGGGAUUUGUCAUGGGAGAAGGUGCCGCCGUUUUGGUUUUGGAAGAAUAUGAGCAUGCUGCACAGAGAGGAGCUAAACUCUACGCAGAAAUUUUGGGCUACGGGCUCUCAGGUGACGCUUGCCACAUAACAGCCCCUAAUCCAAACGGGGAUGGUGCCCUCAGAUGCAUGUCAGCAGCAAUGAAAGAUGCUGGAAUCUGCCCUAAGGAUGUAGCAUACAUCAAUGCUCAUGCCACCUCCACUCCACUAGGAGACGCUGCAGAGAAUCAGGCUAUUAAAGGACUCUUCAAAGAACACGCAUAUUCUCUUGCAGUUUCCUCAACAAAGGGAGCAACAGGCCAUCUUUUGGGUGCUGCAGGAGCUAUUGAGGCAGCUUUCACUGCUUUGAGUUGUUACCAUGGAAUUUUACCACCUACUCUAAAUCUAGAUCAGACGGAGGCACCGUUUGACCUCAAUUAUGUUCCACUAGUACCCCAAGAAUGGAGAAGUGAAAAACAGCGCAUUGCUCUCAGUAAUUCUUUUGGCUUUGGUGGAACUAACGCAACACUGUGCUUUGCUAGUGUUUAGCUUUACUGUCCAUGUAUGCAUUUAUUUUUUUUAAAAAAGAUGAUCAGUUAAUGGCCUGAAAAAUGUGUCAGAAUGAACCUCUGUGUCUCUCCCCACUUGUUCCCAUCCCAAUUCAUUCCUUUCCCCCCACUUUUAUUCCUUUUAAAGUUUAUACUCGAACAAACAGUAAUGUGUGUUUAUAAUGUUUAGGCUGAGGGCAUCUUUCUAUACAUAUUUAAGAGUUUUGCUUCAUAUCUGCAAGCAGAAGGAAGUCACAAUUCGCAACAGCUUCCUGCCCAAGAAAGUGGGGGAAUCUGUAUUUAUCAUAUGGAAAGAAGAAUGGGUUUGUUGCUCAGUUAUAGGGCCAAACCAUAAUUUAGAAUUAUAUUGACCCCAGACUCGCCUUCCCUUCCUUUGUAGGCUGAUAUUCCCUCCUGAGCUUUCUUUGCAGCAAACCAUAGCUUGCUGUUCAAAGAGGCAAGUUACGCUUUGCUCUCACCUGCGAACUAGGAUCACAUACCAGAACCAAACUCUGGUUUGGGACAAAGCCCAAGGCUUCUUGGGACUUACUCAUAUAAAUGUCAAGUUAUAAAGGUAAAGGUAAAGGGACCCCCGACCAUUAGGUCCAGUCGUGACCGACUUUGGGGUUGCGCGCUCAUCUCGCAUUAUUGGCCGAGGGAGCCGGCGUACAUCUUCCAGGUCAUGUGGCCAGCAUGACAAAGUCGCUUCUGGCAAACCAGAGCAGCACACGGAAAUCGUGUUUACCUUCCCGCUGUAGCGGUUCCUAUUUAUCUACAGUACUUGCAUUUUGUCGUGCUUUCGAACUGCUAGGUUGGCAGGAGCUGGGACCAAGCAACGGGAGCUCACCCCGUCACAGGGAUUCGAACCGCCGACCUUCUGAUCAGCAAGCCCUAGGCUCAGUGGUUUAACCCAAAGCACCACCUUUUUGCUGUUAUUAUUGGUAUUUUGUUGUUGUUGUUAUUCAUUUAUAAAAUACCCAAAGUUUCCUAGGCACUGUACAAACACUCCAAAAUAAUAAAGCCCUUCUCUGUAGGAUUACAGUUUGGCCAGAGGGAACACAAAAUGUAAAAACAAACAAACACCAAGAUGGGGAAGGAAGUGGAAAGCAAGCAAGAACCUUACAUAAUUGUCAUUAUGAUGACUGGGGUAAAUAGUGAUAGCUCUGGGAGGUGGGAGUCCAAAUGGCAACUGGUUUCUCAGCCAAAUUAAUGGAGUGGGUUGUGCUGUAGCGAGGUGGAAUAGCUCCUAAUAGAUGGCAGCUUAGGAGACGAGGAGCCAAAUGACAGCAAGACUCUUACAAUCUCAUCAGUCUUGAGGGGCUCUUAGUGAGAAGGUAAAAGCCUUCUGUUCCAAAGUGACCUAGAUGGUCCAGUCAUUCCUGUACACUAUAUGAAGGUGAGUAAACGAGAAACACAGACUAUUCAUGAGCAUCCCCCCCCCCGACUUGUCCUCCAGCUCCUUGCACCGGCGUAAAAUCUCUUGGACGCAAACAUUGCUUCAAGUUGAGUGGAGAGCUGCCAUCAAAAGCCCUGGAUGGAAGGAUAGUUUCUCAAAACAAGCAAGGGUCCUUUGAACCAUUAAAAAGUUUCCUUUUGCAAAGUAUUGAAGCUGGGAGCUCUCCACCAUAAACUGUAUACAUAAUUCAGCAGAUAAUUACACAGCACAGUUCAAAAUGCAUCCGCCGCUCUCAUUUUGACAGCAACAGUAAAAGAAUAAUAAAGAAACCCUCAAUAAAUUUCAUAUUGAAAAACAUUACAGUGGAAGGAUGUCUCAGUGAAAUGGGGAAAAAAUAAUAAUUUGUUUCAACUAUUUGGAGUUAGUGCAUCUAAAGCAUAGAUGAUAUUUACCCAAAAAGCUGUGUCUUUCAUAACAUCAAAGAAAUGUAGGUCAUAUGCUUUCUCCCAAAAACCUACCUUCACACUGAAAGCAGACUUUUUUUUUAGGCUGUUGCUGUUUAUGACCUACUCAAAGUUAUGUAAAGAGUUCUUACAUUUCUCCAUCCUUGUAGCCCUAUUCAGAACAGGUGGACAGCAAGAAUGAACAUGCCGGCUCUAGGCCCACACCCUGCAAUCCAUGGAGGGCCAUUGUGUAAAAUGGGGGUUAUAAAAUGUGCAAGGAGCAUUCACAACUACAGAAGACUUCCUUUUUCACAAGCGCACCCGCCCUUGAGUUGGGGAGCAAUGGGGACCACGAGAGGGGACAGACCUAGCAUGCUGGUCCCUGGAGAAUGCUAAAAGGUAAGGCCUGUAUAGGACUUAAUUCAAGCACAAACGUAGCUCAUUGGAAUUUGCUUUCAAGUAAUGCAUUAAUAUUUAGAGGUGGAGAUGGUGGUCAGAUGUGAGGCGAAUAGAUCGUUGCCAGGAAUCCAAUUAUUAAAAUCCUCUCUUCUGUCAAAUGAGAUGCGUGAAAGUGUGGGAAGCAAAUUCAAAGCGCACAUCAAAACAGCUAUUUCCUGUGCUCUGCGGUGAGUUGAGGAGUGCUUCUCCAGAAGGGAAAGGACAAUUGCGUGCCACAGCUCUCGAUGCAUAAAGAAAAACUCUUGUCUUAUGGAGUGGGAGGAAGAUUUGAGCAUUAUUAUAGAUUUGGGUGUGAGCUUGCCAAAGUCUGCAGGUAGUUCUGAGAAGUCAGUCCCAACUACCUGGAGGUCUUCCUGGGCAAUUUUGUUCUAGGUGCAAGCGUGCAUUAGUUUCACCAUUAAGAUCUGCCAAUGGUAAUGCUUAGGGACUUUUUACAAAGGCUUUAGAACUCCUGCUUCCCUCCCAACCCCACAAUGACGCCACACAAGCAGUCUAGAAGGUCUGACCCUGGGCUACUUACAAUAUGGAGCUUCUCUUCUUUGGAUCUCUUGCAAUGCUUUUUCAGACUUAAUCCCUGAUGUCCAGCGCCGAGGGCCUUCUGGCGGUUCCCUCACUGCGAGAAGUGAUGUUACAGGGAACCAGGCAGAGGACCUUCUCGGUAGUGGCACCCGCCCUGUGGAAAACCCUCCCAUCAGAUGUCAAAGAGAAAAACAGCUACCAGAUUCUUAGAAGACAUCUGAAGGCAGCCCUGU